AUGACUACCAACUCUGGCAUACGUCGCCCAAAAAAAUUUAAAGGUCCACUAGAGUAUAUCUUUGUCGAUUUCGGCACCGGAGGUCUUCGCAUGGCCUGUAGUAUCGAAGGCGAUGAAGAUUGCAGAGAAAUCGGAAACUAUCCUGGAGCGCAAGCAGGUACCCCAUCUCUUGUUUCUCAAGCGCCAACAAACAUUAUAUACAAACCCAAUGGCGAUGAACCAGCCGAGCCCGUAGCAUUUGGUUACGUUAAACCACACCGUCGUCAACAACUUUUAUCCAAAGUGAAGAUUGCCCUUCUACCAGAUCCCGAAAGCUAUGGUUAUGCCUAUGCUGCUCUAGUUAAUGCAGCGAAUGAUCUCCACCUGAGAUCUGUGCAGCAGAUCCCAGAAGACUUCUUGAGGUUCGCCAUCGAGCAUGCGAUCAAGGAAUGCGGUGGGCAGCAGCCUACAAAAGGCUGGGUAUUUUCAGUGCCUCAGUAUUACAAGAUUAAGGAAGUGCAGAACUUUCGAGCAUUGAUUAAAAGAGCAGGUUGUCUUGACAAUAUAUAUAUCCAUGGUGAAAGCGAUUGUGUUGCUUAUGCAAAUCUGCCAACAAUCGAGGAUAUCAUCAGCGAUGCUAAAGAGAGUGUCUUUAAGAAAAAGCAGAACUAUACCAUCGCAGUUGGGAUAUUUGAUCUUGGAGCUGGUACAACUGAUAUAACCACCUCCGAGAUCUGUUUCAAAUAUGAUGGAGGACCACCUGCGAUCAACGAAUUGAGUGCCCCUUUAGGCUUUGCGAUUGGAGGGGAUUCAUUUGAUGAACGAUUCAUUGAUCUCUUGCGUGCCAAACUCGAAAUCAGUAUGACUCCAGAUAAAGAGCAGGCCUUCUUUAACCCGUUUGUGAAUCAUUUCCAUCUACAAUCAAAGCCACAAUGGACAGCAGAUUUUGAGGAUGAAGUAUAUCCAUUCAGUGUACCAUAUGGCAAAGAUCAAUUUGUACUAACAAAACCUUUGGACCUUGUCGUAAUCUCGGGAGGGAAUUCCGAGGUGCCUGGUAUGGUAAAUAACUUGUGCGCUAUGCUUAAAGGAAAGAAUAUCAUCGACGAUGAUCAAAAAGUAAUUCAUUUGGUGGGACAGUCAUUGAACGCGGUAGUUCACGGUCUGCAUUACUGGAUCAAUCAUCCUCAACUAGUCAGAGGUCGAUAUGCUCGCAUGACUCUGGCUCGAGUGAUCAAACAUCAUCGUACAGAGCUUAACCGCCAUAUCAAAGUGCCUGCUGAGGAUGCAAAAUUACCCAAAUUGUAUAAUUGUGCUGAAAGGAUCAUGACUGAGGGAAUCCUUGUUCCAGAUGGCAUUCAGACUGUUGGUAUCUACUUUGAUAUUGAUAUAAAUGCCGAAAAUUUGAACCUACUUCCUAUCGAUAUAUGCAUUCCAAAUAAAGAUGCCGAAACUUACACUUCUAAAAUCUGUCUCUGGAAUUUUGCAUCCGAGUGUAGGACUAUAGGUGCUCUUCAUUUAGAAUCAACAAUAACGAAUAUCGAUAUUGGUACACUUAGAAAAGUUGCUACAAAACGUUUGCGUCGACUCUGGCUUCGUUUAAGUAUCGAAGUUGAUAUUGAUAUCAACGUUGUAGUAUCCUGGAGACCCGACGGAUGCAAGCUUAAAGAAGACACGAAGUUCUGUUCAAGCAAAUUAACUUUGGAAAGUGUGAAUCUAUCUGGCCAAAGAUUAGUGGAUGAGUUUCGCGCUCCAAUACAGCAACGAGAAAGCUCUGAUUCAAACAUUACCAACGAUACCUUGCCGAAUUAUCUUCAAACGUUAAAGGCUAUCGAUGAAAUGAAGAUUCAUUCGAAGAAUUUAUUCUCAACAAGUAUUCCUCCUCAUUUAGACGAGAAAAUGGAAAACGGGUUUUUUGGAAGUUGUGACCAAAAGGGUGUUUGUAGACCAGCAAUUAUAUUUAACUUGGAAUCUACAGACCACGUUCGAGCAGCCGUUACUACCCUUGACUCAUUGAUCCGUCUUGAGGACCAAACCUUCCGAAUUACAAACCUCGAAGAACAAUUAAGUACUGUCAACAAUAACUUCAACCAAGUACAAGCCGAGUUGAACGAGGCUCACACAGAAAACAGCACUCUGAAUUCUGUUUUUACCAACGUCCGACAACAACUCUCAGACGCCCCAGAGAUAAACUUAGCCCUGGCCCGUCAACUACAAAGAAGCAUGAAUACUACCACCCACGCAAAAAUCCCUAAUCCGGAAAAGUUCACCGGCAGUCAGGGACGUUGUGCUUCUUUAGAACCUGCUGGAUGUAGUCUCGGAGUUGGAAAGUAG